AUGCAGGUCAAUCCCGAGCUCAGGCUAACCCUCAAGGACAGUCCAAUCCAUGUGUUCGAUAGGACUUUGUUCAAAUGGGUUCUACCGAGGAAGAAUCCCGGCUUCGAACAGCUGAUUAACCAGUUGGGCAUUGCGGCUUCAAAAGUAAGGCUAUUUCACAGUAUUAUUCUAAAGUUAAAAUUUAAAAAAGUUUUCGAAGUUUAAAAAAUGUUUUAUUUUGCAAUUUAAAAAACGUUACCUUAUUCAGUAUCAUUAACAGUAUUAAUGGUUUAGAAUAAGAACCUGAGAAAGCCUAUCACUACAAUGACAAAGUGUGUCGACUCCAACGAUGACAGUCUAACGGUGUACAUCAGUUGGGAAGAAAAGGAUGGGUAAGGUUUGUUACAGUGUGUAAAAUUAUGUAAAUUUUUUUAAAAAUCUUGGCAUAAAUGAUAUCAAUCUUUCACAUCGAAAACAAUCUUUUAUAGCUGCAUUACUAAAGCUGAGUUUGAACAUUAUUUGCAUUUAUAGUUUAUGAGCAAUUGUAAUAUAUAAUAUUAUGACAACUUUACACUUGAUUUACUUUAGAGCAAUACUAGUACACGGGUUUGUAAAGACAGCGAGGAAGAAGUUGUAUCUUCGUGACAGCAAAGAGUUACCUUACGUUGAGCAUCCGUUGUGUGUCAUGGAUUACUUCUUCGUGGACAACAACCAAGACAAGGCGAUAGAAUUAAUUGAUUUUAUAUUGGAAGUAAGUCAAUGUGCUCUUUAGGCAGAAUCAACUGGGAAAAUUAUCUUGCUUUCUAUUUACUUUUUGACCGCUAGUAAAAUCUUAUUGUUAAGUUUUGUUAUUUGCUAUAAUAGCUUGACGUUUUUGCGUAUUAUACCAUCUGUGUCAUGCAAAUAUAUAUGUUGACAAGUGAUUACGUAUGUAUAGAAGGAACAGACCACGAUACACGAAUGUGCCUUUGAUGAGCCGAGCCAAGAUCUUAAAACUUUACUCGAAUCGCACUACAAUUUAAGUAUUCCGGUACCUCAGGCGAUACAUUUCCUUGUGUACGAAUCCUUCUUCGAUGGCCUCACUUCCGUCGACCAGUCACAACAACAAUACUCGAGUAGUACCACUAGUUCUAGGGCUUCUCCAACUCCCUUAAGUCAUGUAAGUUUAUUUUAUUUUGGUCGGAAAGGUUUUAGAAGUGUUAGUAUUGUUUAAUUUUCGUUAUUUAUUUAUGCUGUUUUCUCAUUUUUGUUAAUUACCAUUACUUUUUGAACCAUUUUGCAUCAAAAAACGUUUCAAGAUAGCUAAUAUGACAUUAUUUCAGAGAUCCACCGACCAAGUGUCAGAUCUCAUCCACCACAAUGUCAGACCCGAACCCACAGUACGAGCUGCUCCAGAUACCCCUCAGGGCAGAAAGUUCACGCGGGACUUUGGCCACCACUCAAUUUGGUGA